ACGCGGGCUGCCGGGGUGUGAAGUGGGCACGCUGGGGAUGGACGUCUUUUCAUUUGCAUGAGUUUUGUCCACACCCCUUGCGAGAUAACGACAGGACCAAGCCUACAGUCUUGCCUUCAGAGGGGGAAAGUGACACACGGCUCGCGUCUGCAUGCGGCGCGUUGAGGAGACAGUGUAAAUAUAUCAAGGAUAGUUUGCGCGACAUUGCGCGUUGUUUCGCGGGGAAAUCAUUUCCGUUCAUUUCCUUUGAAAGUAUCAACACGCCUGCGGAUUGACUCGGAUUUGGAUUUAAACAUCGAUGACACCAACCCCGGCGACAGACAUGGAGUCCCUCCAGAGCAGUGUCUACCAUGUCCCUGUCUGUGCGCCCUACCCGCAGGGUGCUCAACAGAUCCAUCACUAGGAGCAAGUCUUUCGCCGGAGUCAACUCCUACGAUAAGUCUUACAGGCCUCUCUCAGUAUUCAGCACCCCGGCGUGCGUGAGGAAGAAUCCCUCCAGAGGAAGCAGAAUGUUCACGCUGUCCACUAAAUCACCUCCUCCGAAGGUGCCUCAGCCCGAGAGGCUGGAUGAAGUAUAUGAGGCCCUCAAGAGAGGACUGCAAUCCUACCUGCAGGUCCAUCAGAUGGAGCUGGACAGUCUGAACAGACAAAUGAAGGAAUCCAGAAGAAACUCACGCUUGGGGUUUUUGUAUGAACUUGACAAGCAAGUAAAAGUGAUUGAGAGAUUUAUGAGACGGCUGGAGUUCCACCUCAGUAAGAUCGAUGAGCUGUAUGAGGCCUACUGUAUGCAACGCAGACUCCGAGACGGAGCCAAUAAGAUGGUGAAAGCUUACACGGCCUCUCCAGGCAGCAGAGAGGCUCGAGAGAGUCUGUCUGAAGCUAACAAGAGCUUUAAAGAGUACACCGAGAAUAUGUGCAUGUUGGAGAGUGAGUUGGAGAACCAGCUGGGGGAGUUUCAUGUCAAAAUGAAGGGGUUGGCGGGUUUUGCCCGGCUUUGUGCAGGAGAUCAGUAUGAGAUCUUUAUGAAGUAUGGCCGCCAGCGGUGGAAACUGCGGGGUCGGAUUGAGAUCAAUGGCAAGCAAGUGUGGGACAGUGAGGAGAUGGUCUUCCUCCCCCUCAUCACAGAGUUCCUGUCUAUAAAGGUGACAGAGCUGAAGAGUCUGGCCAAUCACGUGGUGGUGGGCAGUGUCUCGUGUGAGACUAAGGACCUGUUUGCUGCCAUGCCACAAACAGUGGCUGUGGAUAUCAAUGACCUGGGCACCAUCAAACUCAGUCUAGAAGUCUCCUGGAAUCCAUUUGACAAAGAUGACCAGUCAUCCUCGGCUAGCACAGUGAACAAGGCUCCUACUGUCAAUAAGCGCUUCUCUACGUACAACCAGAGUCCUCCAGACACACCUUCUCUACGAGAGCAGGCCUUCUACACGGCUCCGCAGAGCAUGAUGUCCAAACAACGCUGGUCCUUACUGGAUUUGUUCCGGGACACGCUGACAGAGAAACUGACUCCGAGCUGCUCCUGUAGCGACGUCACCUCGGUUCGCUUGGGGUGCUCUCUGCCUUCCAGCAAUAACAUGUUGAGGAGACAGGAAGAGAUGGAGAAUGGAACCGCAUGGUCAAACUCCUCAGAAUCCUCAGACGAUUCCUCCAGUCCUCAGAUGUCCGUCGGAAUGCGGCAUGCACAUAAAAAUUUAGUUCAGCCUGAGGUACAGACCGCUCCUCCCGCCAUCGAAAUCUCCUUUGCCCCCCGUGAAUCAGCAACCUCCACUCCCACCCGCCUGGCCAAUCAGAAGGAGGAGGAUGAGGAGGAGGAUGAAGAGGAUCUUAAGAAACCAGAAGCUACAAUAAUAGCUGCCACCAUUGCUCCAGUGAAACAGGAAGUGCCCAAUGGCCAUCCCCGGUAUUCUCGCUCUCUCAGUCACAUCAGUGAGAACAGUGUGGAUGGUGUUAUAAUAGACAGAUUGUCUGGAGAAUCCUUGGAGACCACAGAGAUGACCUCGAUAGUCCCCUCGGUAUCAAAAAGUGACGACGCCAUGGACGUUCCACACAGGGCAGAACUAUGUUUUGUUGUACCAGAGACUCGUGAGCCAUCCUGCACCGCUGAACUACAGAACUGUACAGAAAGUAGCUCAGGCAAAGAGCAGCAAGACCUUCCGGCAGAAACCACGACCUGUGGCUCAACUGCAUCUGAAAAAUCAAACGCAGAGCCCAGGUCUAGACCCAGCUCUGUCUCUUAUACAUGUGGCGUAAAAGACUCUUCCCCUUGUGCUUUGUCACGGCAGGUGGACACUGAAGCUAGCAGGACUGAUUCUUUGGCACAGAACCAUGAGCCGUGCCUUGCAAAGACAGAAAAUAACAAUCUGAUAGUUGAGAAGUCUUCUUCUUCAUCAGACAAUAGACCCACAGACAGUUUGGAAGUCCGGUCGUCAGAAAGCUGUCUGGAGGAAGCCCUUAGUGCUGUUAUGUCCUCCCUCGACGAUUACAGAGGCCAGUUCCCAGAACUGCAGGUCCUAGAACAAGAACUGAAACUAUUGGAAAAGGCGCUUACAGUACAAAAUCGCAGUCGUUCAUCCAGCGUCAGUUUGACAGUCGAGACAGCGCUUGGAAGCUUCGACUUCCUUAAUACAUCAGACCUGGAUGAAGAGGAAGAGGAGGAUGGUGAGAGACUGAGUGUGACAGACAGCGCUGAGGAGCGUCCCACAGCUGUGGAGAGCGCAGGGGAGGAUGAGGGCUGCGAGGCGCCAAGUUGGGACACUCCCUCUACUCCUCUGAGCACAGGCUGCCCGGCUCUAGAUCACACCCUGCUGGUUCAUCUGAAGAACUGCAGCUCACAGAUGCUGAGGUUAGGCACGUUCGGGCCUCUGCGCUGUGGGGAGAUGUACGCUCUUGAUCAUCUUCUCAGGGAAGCACGGGUCCUUGAGCUCAUACGAUGGGUUGUUAAGGACUCAAAAAGCGGGUACAGCCAACCAGAGGAGAUUCUUCCUCAGUUAGAUCAAUGUCAAGGGGCUGUGUUGCUAUGGCGGCAGUGCACGGAUGGCUGCAGUGUAUACAGCACAUCCACAGAGACCUUUAUACAGGCACUCAGCAAAACUUACGCCAGCAAACUGCCAGAGAGAGGAGCUGGCUUUUCAGAUACAGUAUUUCUACGUCUGGUGGAGCGAAUCCUAGAGAGGAAGUUGCCCAAGCGUGGAGGAGGUGUGGCCAGAGAGACCAUCACACUCUUUCAGUUCUGGAGCUACCUGGAAGCGGAGGGAGUGAAUGACCUGGACACACACAUUCCGGAGCUUGCUGAAGAAGUGUGGCUUGUUCAAUGCCUGCAGUUUGGAGAUCAGGAUGUUCUGGUGAAGUCCUUGAAGAAGCCUCCAGAAUGCAGUCUGAAGAGGGAGGGCCUGCGAGCAGUCAGUCUGCUGCUGAGAGACCCGAGGGGAAAGGUGUGCAGUGCAGCCAGCUCCUUGCUGCGGAGUCUAGCUGACCAAACCCGUCACAGGGAGAGGGCGCUGGUGAGCUGUUUAGAGCUCUUGGAAGAUGAGAGCGCAGAGACGCGACUGUGUGGAUGUAAAGCACUUGCAUGUCUGAAGGCCAAAGAGAGCAUUGAGCAGCUGGUGUAUCUGUGCAGGACAGAUAAGGAGGAUGUGAGAGAUGCUGCCAAGCAAGCUCUGCUUGUGCUAGGUGAUGAGGGGAAAAUUGCCCAUCGACACAUUGAGUCGUCCCAAGAUGGAAUGUCCCGCCUUUUUACACCUGGCAGUAUGGCCAGUACAGCUUUCUAACACAAUCAACAGCGAGACUCUUGCGUCUCAGUAUACUCACUGUCAUGACCAUGCCAAUUACAAACUAUUUAAUGCACACUUAAAAACUAUCAAGAGUACAAAUAUUUACUGUACAAGUGCAGUUAUAGAUGACAAAUCAGUGAUCACACUCUCAAGGAGAGUGUCACCAGUGUCAAGACAUGGACGGAUACAAUCAGUAAACAAGAGGAUUUGUAUGGCACGUUUGUUAUUAUUUUUAGGACGACCUAAGAUGAACUACUGUAAAGUGAUAUAGUAAGAUGCAUACACUCUUAAAAGAAAAGGUUCAAUAUAGAACCCCAAAGAACCCUUUUUUCUAAGAGUGCAGUGAGUGUGGGGUGGGAAUGGGUUUGUAAAGAAUGUUUUGCUGCCUUAUUAUUUGGCCCAAUGGUGUUGCCUUCAUGAAAGUUUGGUCCUGAUCAGCAAUACAAAUGGUGUCCGUAUUGACAGAGAUGGAAAAUUAAAGUGAUAUUUUCACUUUAUUGACACAAGCAGACAGAACCUGAUUGAUCACUUUGUAAAGAGUGCUUAUGAGUGUGUACAUAUUGUUUGGAGAAUGUAUGUUGGUAGUUGGGGGGUCACACCUCAGAACAUAGGAUGGAGAUUUUGGAAAGCAUUUCCUUAAUCCCAACAUAUCAUAGGGACCUUGUUGCCAUUUAAAGUGUAACAGUGCCAUCAUUCCAUGUCAUGCUUUAUUGGUGCAAAUUAUAUAUCUAUAUUCCAUUGGAAGUGUAAAUGUUUUGUGUUUAAGUUUAAAUGUUAAAGUACUCAAUAGCAAAAGCAUCUGUUUUGAAUCACAAUGCAGUUCCUUUGAUCUAAGCCACUGGUAAUCUCUGCUGUAAAAGUGGUGACUUUUUCUUUUUUUUAUUAUUUCUGAAAAAUGUCACCAUUAUUAGGAAUGAAAGAUGUACGAUUAUGAAGUUUUGCCUUUUUUUCAGUAGUUUCAGACAAAUUCUCCAUGCUCGUGAUAUUUUGCCAUGCUUAACUCAGAGCAUUUCCACAGUGCUGCUAGACAGUAAGGUUCUGGGUUGGAACCAGAGUUGGUUCAUUUUUACAUAACACAAUUUUUAGCUUUUUUCCAGAUUUACAUGACAAAGAACGCCUCUUCAGUGUAUAAGUGCCUCAAUUUAGUAUGGGGAGCAAGAGUGAGAUAGAUAUUAUUUAAAACUCAAGACUGUGGUUUAGGAUUACAAACUGCAGAACAGAUUUAAAUAUAUUUUCAUUAUUAUCUACGGAUUGUGCAGCAUUAAAGAUGUGAGUUACUUUUUAUUUCUCUAAAUAUGUAUAUUGUCUGACGAGGAUUAUUGCUGACAUCAACUGUAAAGGAACUAUAUUAAAUGAUGAACACUAAAACGUGGCUGUUGUUUUAUUGACAUUUAGUUCUG